AUGCAACAACUAGAAGUUAUAAAUGAAUUUCUUGAUACAAAAUCAAUUGUUAUAUCAGAAAAUGAUGAACAAAAACCUACUAUUUAUUUUAUAUCCAAACAACCAUUUUGUGAAUCAGAAGGACAAAAUGUUAUUGAAGAAAUAGAAAAAAACCCUGAAAAAGGAUUAAUUAUGACAAACGAUAAAUAUAAAAAAUAUCAGAUUGAAGUUCCAAUUGAAAGAAAUAUUACUACCUCUUAUUCUGUUGAUGUUAUUUCUCCUGCAACACAACAUGAUAUUGAAAAAAAUAAACCACAAAAAUAUGAGUUAUUUACUGAAACACCUCAAAUAUUCAAUUCAAUUACUCUACCAUUCAUUAAUUCUAUUCCAUCCUCAGAAUUUCAAUGGAUUUAUAAUAUUCUGAAUGGUACAGCUGAACAAAACAAUGUACUAAUUAAUGAUGAUGACUAUGUUUCUCUACUUGAUAUGAAAUGGGAUCGUCAAAAUCUUAAUCAAGUUUAUGGGUUAGUAUUAGUAAGAGAUCAUUCAAUUCAUUCAUUACGUGCUUUAAAUCAAAACCAUAUACAGUUAUUAGAAAGAAUAGAAAAAACAACAAUGAAAAUAUUAACAAAUAAAUAUGGAUUAAAAGAAAAUGAAAUUAUUACAUUUGUUCAUUAUGUUCCAUCAUUUUGGCAUUUCCACAUUCAUUUUUGUACUAUUCAUUCUCCACUAUUUCAGUCAUUAAACUCAGUUAUUGGACGUGCCAUUCCGUUAGUUGAUAUCAUUCAAAAUCUAAAAAUGAAUGGAAAUUAUUAUCAAACAAUAAAUAUUGGACUUCGGCUAAAUACAGUUCAUCCACUUUACAAACUGUUUAAAAGUAAAUGA